CGGGGGACCGGAAGUGAUGUCGCGCCAGGCGGCGGCGGUGGGGGGACCGGAAGUGGUGUUGCACUAGUAAAUGGCAGGAUGAUUAAGGCGAUCCUGAUCUUUAAUAAUCACGGGAAGCCGCGGCUCACCCGCUUCUUUGAGCGCUUCUCAGAGGACAUGCAACAGCAGAUCAUCCGAGAGACGUUCCAUCUAGUCUCCAGGCGAGAUGAAAACGUUUGCAACUUUUUGGAAGGUGGCAGUUUGAUUGGUGGGUCUGACUACAAGUUGAUAUAUCGACACUAUGCUACUCUCUACUUCCUGUUUUGUGUUGACUCGUCUGAGAGUGAAUUGGGAAUUCUGGAUUUGAUACAGGUAUUUGUGGAAACAUUGGACAAGUGUUUUGAGAAUGUCUGUGAGCUGGAUCUUAUAUUCCACAUGGAUAAGGUUCAUUGCAUUCUUCAGGAAGUGGUAAUGGGAGGAAUGGUUCUAGAGACAAACAUGACUGAGAUUGUGUCACAGGUCGAGGCACAGACUAAACUGGAAAAAUCUGAGGCUGGGUUCUCUGGAGCUCCUGCCCGUGCAGUCUCUGCUGUCAAGAAUAUCAAUCUGCCAGAUAUCCCACGCAACAUCAAAGUUUCAAAUCUGUCUCCAUUUGUGUAGAAGGACAGUUCAUAUUAAUGAUACCUGGUCACCUAUUACAUCCACCUGUAAAUACUGAGAGCUUUUCUGACAUCAGCUUUUCAUUUGAAGGUUGUUGUUGUAAAAAUAUGAUGGCUUGUGAUGGUUUUCUCCUUUGCAACCUCUAUAGAUUCUAAAUUGUUACAAAAUUUAAUGCUGAUAGUAUCCCAGUUGGUGUGUGUGCAUUUGCAUUGGGCAUGAUACAGGAGCACUUUAAACAUUAACCAGGGCCAUUCCUCAAUCAGGUGCUUUGAAUCAGAGUGGACACACUCUAAACUGUUAGCCAGGUUCACCCCAAAGAGAGGCAGUUAUCCAGAGACACUCAAUACCAACCCCUCACAGUAUCCACCAGAAAUUGGGGAGACAAAGUGAGGGAUUAUUUACUGUGGUCCUAAAGUGAUGACACAAAUGGACAUCUGUGUAUUCCUGAAGAAAUGCCUGUUGACUUCUCUGUCCUUUAUGUUGGAAGAUAAAGAGUGUAUUUGCUUCCAUUUGUGAACAUAAAAUGGAAAUUCCUGGAGUCAGUUUUUCGUUUUCUUUCAAGAUGGAAAAUUGACACAUGCUUUAAAAAAUUGCAUCUGAAAUUAGUAAUACUGACAAUUAAAGUGCAUUUCAAUUCA